CGAAAGGUGUGUGUGCAUGGGGGGCCGGCAGUGGGGGGAUCCUCCGCUGCCCCUGCGCCUAGCCUAGUGCUGAGGCUCCGGCCCUCGACCGCCACCCUGGGCUCCGGGGACUGCGAUGAGCCCCUGCGGGCGGGCCCGGCGACACACGUCCAGAGGGGCCAUGGCCGUCCUGGCGUGGAAGUUCCCGCGGACCCGGCUGCCCGUGGGAGCCAGUGCCCUCUGCGUCGUGGUCCUCUGUUGGCUCUACAUCUUUCCCGUCUACCGACUGCCCAACGAGAAGGAGAUUGUGCAGGGGGUGCUGCAACAAGGCACGGCGUGGAGGAGGAACCAGACGGCGGCCAGAGUCUUCAGGAAACAGAUGGAAGACUGCUGUGACCCCGCCCAUCUCUUUGCUAUGACUAAAAUGAAUUCCCCCAUGGGGAAGAGCAUGUGGUACGAUGGGGAGUUUUUAUACUCAUUCACCAUUGACAAUUCAACUUAUUCUCUCUUCCCCCAGGCAACCCCAUUCCAGCUGCCCUUGAAGAAAUGCGCGGUGGUGGGAAAUGGUGGGAUUCUGAAGAAGAGUGACUGUGGCCGUCAAAUAGAUGAAGCAAAUUUUGUCAUGCGAUGCAAUCUUCCUCCUUUGUCAAGCGAAUACACUAAGGAUGUUGGAUCCAAAAGUCAUUUAGUGACGGCUAACCCCAGCAUAAUUCGUCAAAGGUUUCAGAACCUGCUAUGGUCCAGAAAGACGUUUGUGGACCACAUGAAAGUGUAUAACCACAGUUACAUCUACAUGCCUGCCUUUUCUAUGAAGACGGGAACAGAGCCAUCCCUCCGGGUUUAUUACACACUGUCAGAUGUUGGUGCCAAUCAAACAGUGCUCUUUGCCAACCCCAACUUUCUGCGUAGCAUUGGGAAGUUCUGGAAAAGUAGGGGAAUUCAUGCCAAGCGCCUGUCCACAGGACUCUUUCUGGUGAGCGCGGCCCUGGGCCUCUGUGAAGAGGUGGCCAUCUAUGGCUUCUGGCCCUUCUCUGUGAAUAUGCAUGAACAACCCAUCAGCCACCACUACUAUGAUAAUGUCCUGCCCUUUUCUGGCUUCCAUGCCAUGCCGGAAGAAUUUCUCCAACUCUGGUAUCUUCAUAAAAUUGGUGCACUGAGAAUGCAGUUAGACCCAUGUGAGGACACCUCACUCCCACCCACUUCCUAG